UUGAGUAAGAGAUGGGCUUAUGUCAAGAAGUGUCAGCAAAACCUGUCCUCUUCUGGCUUCCAAUCAGACAGUGAAACACACAGUCAGUCAGACAGUCAGACAGUACAUGAUAUGACUCAGACCAUUCUGUUCUUGACCACGUGUAAAUGGGGACAUGUCGGCUGUAACACCUGCCCUCACAAAUGUUCUGUGUGUGGACGAAUGGUCUCACAGAAUGACCAGGCAUCACUGUCCACUGAGUCCCAAGCCUUGCCUUUGUCUGACCAUGCCUGUGUGGACUGUAUGUUACUGCUGGCAGUGACCACUCUCAAUAUGACCUUGACCCAAGGUGAACUAAGCUCUGAUGACUUUCAUAGCUGUCAUGGCAUGACACAGGCUAUGGUAAAUAGACUAAUUUAAUGCUUAUUUAUUUACUUUGAUUGGUGUUAAAAAGACAUUCCAAGAGCGCAAACGUUUGCCACAGCAAAAUGUCUGAAUAUCUUCAUUAAAACACAACUACCAGUAGAUGUAUUAUGAGCUCUAGCAAAGGGACUCUGCUAAGCAAUAUGCAUUUGUGUCCUAAGUUGAAAUGAUGAAGAAUUAUGUAUAAAAUUCCAGGAUCCACUACCAAAAUGUAAUAUAUCUAGUGGUUUGAUGACAAUUUCACCUAAAUCAGUGACUGACAAAUAGAGGCUAGAAAAACUUCCUUAGUAGGGGUAAUAUGUCAGUUAUUGCAAUUCUUCAACCUUUUCACAUGUUUGCAGGGUGUUUAUUCAAGCAUGUUAUGAAGGCAUUAUUCUGUGUGGACUGCUGAAAUUAUACUUUUUUUUUUGAAGACUGAAAUUGGUCAAUCCAACUAAUCUAGUUUUGUUUCCAAAAUGAAAUUAAAAAUGUGCAUUAAUUGCAAGAGCUCUUAAUCGUGCGAAAAGGUUGAGGAAUUAAAGUUUAUCAUCUUCUGAAGACCAUUGAGAUUGUAUUACCAUUAAAGGCCAACACUAAUUUGUAAAUACAAAUUGGUGUGAUUUGUCUUAAAAAUUGACUCAUAAAAAUUUUGAUAUUUUUGCCAUCUAAACCUUCAGAUGUUCUUCUUCCUUUUUUUUGAUUAUGAUUUUUGUUUUUGUGUACUUAAUGUACUUUUCGAAUGAUAUCUGUGUAUUUCCCCGAUUCAUAUGUACAGGAAUGGUGUCUAUUGAAAGGGAACCAGUAUCUUGCCUAUGCCACUUGUAAAUGUGUACUUAGCAGUGUUACUGCUGAUGCAAUUCGGGCAGAGGAGUUACGGAAUUUCCUGGAAAAGCUUGUGCAGGAAUUGGGUUCUGUUGAAGACAGGCAUGCAGAGGGAGAAACCAGUUGGAGGGCAGCUAGUAUUCUGGACCUGUUCCAACAUCUCUUUGGCAGCACCACCGAAGAGGUGAAAAGGAUCUGUGUGGAUUCCCUGCAAGAGCACUGGAUCAGCUUAACCUCUCGCUUCCUCCAACCUCCAGAUUCUCAAAUCAGCCCUGUUGCCUUAUUCGCAUUCUUGUCCUUGUGGAAGAAAGUCUUGAACGUCCCUGUAGCAGCUGCCUGGUGUGUGGAGGAGGAUAGAAAAGCAACUUCAAUCUUGUUGCAAUAUGUUACGUGUGCCAAGACUAAGGGUUAUGUUAGACUGAAGACUGUAGGUUUACUGAACAAACUGAUGGCAUUUGAAAUGGAGGAUAGAAGAGACAAGUCAGACGGUCGUUUUUACAGUUACGAGAUUGCUGACCAAGUGGUUGACUGGAUACAGGCUGGUAGGCUAUCAGAAGCUGUGUGCAGGGAGGGCAGUGCAGUUUUUGGCUGGACACUGACUGACCAUGCUCCUCAACACACUUACAGCACUGAUAUCCUCUUCAGAAGAAAGCUUGCCCUUCUCUGUCUGAGAACUAUUAGUUUUACCUUAGCCAAACAUCGCAAUGAAGAAUAUAUUAGAGAAGCUUGA